AUGGACAUGAAACGGUCACUGUUGGUCACUGAGGGGGAAACAAGCGCAAAGCAUGUGGAGGGCGAACAAGAUGGAGGUGAAGAAAUGCAUGACACUGAAGAGAACAUAGACAAAUCUGAAAACUCUGCCAUGGACAUGGAAUGGUCACCAUCGGUCUGUAAGGGGGGAACAAGCGCAAAGGAUGUGGAGGUGAACAAGAUGGACACGAACAAUGUGUGA